AUGGAGCAAAAUUCUGACAUUGAAGCAGUACUUGGUGUUGUAGGUGUUAUUUGUGCUUUACAAAUAGCAUGUGCAUUGAAAAGUAGCAGAUGGAGAAGGCGUAGGUGGUGGACAAGACCUUGGAUACAGAGGCGUGAUGAAGGGGCUGGCUGUGUACAUAGGCUAGUGAACGAGGAGUUAAAAAUGGAAGAUCCAGAAUCAUACAAAAACUACCUUCGUAUGGAUGAGCAAUCAUUUCAAAAAUUAAAAAGGGUAGUUGAAUCACGCAUUAAAAAAAAGAGCACAAAUAUGAGGCAAAGUAUUUCUGUUGAGAAAAGGUUGUCUGUUACAUUGAGGUUUUUGGCAACGGGCGAAACUUACCAAAGUUUGAGCUUUGCAUACAGAAUAACUGCGUCCACAUUGAGCGGAAUCAUUCCAUCUACCUGUAGAGCUAUUUAUGAUGCCUUAAAAGACGAUUAUUUAAAGGUUCCCAACACUACAGAAGAAUGGUCAAAGGUUUCUCGAGACUUUUAUGAUCAAUGGAACUUCCCCAACUGCCUAGGGGCUAUGGAUGGAAAGCAUAUUCAGUUUCAAGUCCCCAGAUGUUAUGGAUCAUAUUUUUAUAACUACAAAGGUUUUAAUAGUAUUGUACUUUUGGCUGUUGUUGAUGCAAAUUAUAGAUUUCUCUUUCUCGAUGUUGGUUGCAAUGGCCGUGUUAGUGAUGGUGGUGUGUAUAAUAAUAGCGAUUUAAGUUCAUUAGUCAAGAACAAUUCUCUUAACUUCCCACCACCAAUGAAUUUACCUAACACAAAUAUUGUAUCGCCAUUUACAUUAGUUGCAGAUGAUGCAUUUCCUUUACAUCCGCAUAUAAUGAAGCCAUACAGUCAAAGGUUUGCGACAAAAGAGCGCAAAGUAUUUAAUUAUUGCUUAAGUCGUGCCAGGAGAGUGGUGAAAAACGCUUUUGGCAUCCUGGCGAAUAGGUUUCGCGUGCUCCUUACAAAAAUUAAUCUGUCAGUUGACAAGGUUCAAACUAUAACACUCGCUGCUUGUGCACUUCACAAUUAUUUAAUACAAGAACAUUCAAGUAGUUACCUAAGUGGCAUAGAAACUGAAGAUACUCAAAAUUCAACAUUUAAACAAGGGUAUAGUCUGAAAGGCCUUAGGGCACACAUAGGUAAUAGAUGCCAAAAUAGUGCAAUUGAAAUAAGAAACAAAUUAUGUGCUUAUUUCAACAGUAUUGGCGCUGUGCCUUGGCAGUGGGAAUGUGUCAAUAAAUUCAAUUUCUAA